GGCACCACCUUGGCUGUCAGUUAGGUUUGUUCAUUAUUCCCCACUUCUCCUCGCUUUCCCUAUUUUCUUCUGUUUUUCCUUUCUUCUCCGGCGAGGCUAACAUGGAAACAGCUACUCUGCCUCCGAACACGAUUGUACCAGAAGUUUUUGGAGAAUAUAAUUAUGAAAGGUGGAGCAUUUUAAUAGAACACUACUUAGUGGCUCAAGAUGUUUGGGAUGUUAUUGAACCAAUCCCGACGACUGAGGAAAUAAAUGAGAGGGUGUGGAAUAAACAGAAUGCUUUAGCUCUACAUGCCAUUAAGAUUUCAUGUGGAGCAAAGGCGUUUCGUCGAAUAAAGAACAUACAGUCAGCCAGAGAUGCUUGGCAGGCAUUACUCGAUAUGUCGGAAGUCUCAGACAUCCCCAGGGGCCAGGAAUUUAUCCCUCCGCGCAUGGACACGCGCGAGGAAGAAGAGCUGCAAAGUAUGUUGCAUGAGUACAUUUAUAAUGGAAGUAAAAGGGGAGUAAAGCAAGUCCUCAACUUAUUUCCGGACCCAGGAUAUUAUGGGGUACUAUUAUUUUCUGCCCUUCAUGUUGCCGUUACCGCUGGCAAGGAGGACUUAGCACGCUUCUUCCUCGAACGAAAUCCGGUUGCCGCAUAUAUGGGUGCAGAGGACGUCUUCGUUCUUCUUGAACGGUGUAUAACUAAGAAAAUGUUCCAAAUUGUAUGGGAGUUACUCAACUUCUAUCCAAACUUGGCAACUGACCCACCCCCUCAGGGUCACAUGCCAAUCAUUUUAACACUUGCUAAAGCAUCACCUCCAUUCUUCAGAGGAAGUAAACUUAAAUCUGUGAGAUUGUGGAUAUAUCAUUGCAUGGAAGUAAAUGUAGACUUGAUCAGACCAAGAAAUGCAGCAAAUGUAGACUUGAUCAGACCAAGAAAUGCAGCUCAUGGUGCCUCAGGAGAAGAACCCUCGUGUUAUCAAUCUUGUCUUCAAUUCCUAAAGGCACUACCACGCAAGCCGGUUACAACUCUUUCAAAGAUCCUUGGCAAGUUGGUUACAACUCUUUUAAAGAUCCUUGGCAAGUUGGUUACACCUCUUUUAAAGAUCCUUGGUAAGCAGCCGCGUCUCCGCAAAAUUAACUAUUGAUUAGAGUUUGCUUGGUUUGGUGGACGUAGUUAUUACUCGAUCAAAUUUUAUUUUAUUAUAUUAUAUAUAAACUAGUUUUUGUUUUAUCCGUGCGUUGCAUGAGUUUUUUUAUUUUUUAUCAAUUCUUGAGUUUUAUAAUAAUUUUUAAUUAAAAAAUUUUAAUUAA